AUGAGUACAAGUGAACAAAAAUCAUUUAAUAUGGAUUAUUAGUAAAAGCUAACCUUGUCACCAUUACAAAAAUAUGAAUUAUACAAUUAAUUCCCUUGUCAAAUGAUUUUACACACUUUAUUGAUAGUUUUUACAACUGUUCAAGUUCUUAAUGUGUUGGAUCAAUUAACUGCUUAAAGUAGAGCUUAACAUAUGAUUUUAAAGAACAUUCUACUUGGAUUAGAAGAGGAUAGUGAUGUAUAAUAAUUUUAUAACUUUGAUGACUUUCAAUAAUAGUUAAUUACAAUGAUGGAUAAUCUUAAUGGUUUAGAAGAUAUGUUAUUUUAAAAUGUUAACAUAAGUUUAUCAGAGUUUAAUUUUAAUAUUUUCUAUUCUUAAUUUGACACUGAUAAUGCAAAUUAAACUGUAUUCAAUGUAGACAUAGAUGAAGGUUUUAUAGAACCAUUUGAUAUUAAAGAUGUCCAUUCUAUCAAAAAUUUUAUUGAAAAUGUUUAACUAAUGGAAUUUCAAGGGAAUAAGAUAUAUAAUUUUAUAAAUUUCAGAGAUAUAGAAGGAGUUGAAUCUUGUACAAAUUGGAAUUUCAAAAUUACAUAUAAUUUUGAUAAAAUAGGUGUUAUAUAUGCAAAAAUAGAAACAGGGAAUAGUAAUUGUCCUGAAGAUUAAAAGAAAUAAAGUGGGUAAGACUUUUUGCUUAUUCAUUUUAUUGUACUAAUCUUAGGUGGUAUUUCAAUUUACACAACAAUAUAAUAUCUAUAUGAUAUAGGAUCUGAAUAUAUGUAUAAUAAAUAAAUGUAUAAAGACAUAAAAAAUAUUGUAGAGACUUAACCAUUAAAUGAUUAAUAAGAUAUUAUAUAAUAGGGACCCUAAGUUGGUGUUAAAUUUUCACAAGCUUGGAGGACUGUUGAUUAUUAAUAAGAUGUUAAGGUCUUUAAUAAUUGGUAUAUUUUAAAUGCUUUAGGAGGUUUUUUCUAAGUAGUGGGAGCAACUAUAGCAAUAAUGGAUUAAAUAUUGACAAAUGAUUUAUCUAUUUAUAAAUUCUAAAUUAUGAUGAUGGGAUUUGGUUGCUUUUUAUCUUGGUUAAUGCUAUUAUAAUAUUUGGAAUAUUUUUAGGAUAUAAGUAUUGUAACUUGGACAUUAAAGAAAUCAAGUAAGAAUAUUGCUAUGUUUAUAUUCAGUAUUUUACCAUUUUUUUUUGGAUUUGUAUAUUUAGCUUAGGCCAUAUUUUGGAAAUAUAAUUAUUUCUAAUCAACAAUAGAUACAAUUUUAUCAUUAUUUUCAUUAUCAAAUGGUGAUAUUUUAUUAGGUAUAUAUUAAUAAUAUAUAUUUAGAAUCAUUUAAUUUAGUUAAACCAAUAGGAAUAAUAGGUUAAAUAUAUCUUAUUGUAUUUAUGAUAGUCUUUUUUACAGCAGUAUAAAGUGUACUAAUAGCAAUAAUUAUGGAAGGAUAUGAUGAAAUAAAUGCUUAAAGAAAAAGAGAAAAUAAUUAAGAAGAAAAAAUCAAAGAUGAAAUUUUAGAUUAAAUUUAAAAAGAAUAGGAAGAAAUUAGUAAAUCUGUAAGAAAUGAUGAAUAAGAUGAUGAUAAGGAAAUAAUUAUUUCGAAAUUGAAUUUAUUUAUGAGAAGAAUAGAUAGAAUGUUAGAAGAUCUAGAUUUAAUGACAGAUGAAAUAGAGAAUGCAAAUAUUACAAUUAAUGAGAAGGAAUAUUUAUUAAAUGUAUUAAAAGAAAAUAUAGAUAAUAUAUCAAGAAAUGUUAAAUUUUAAAUCAGUAAUAUGGAGUCAUGA